AACGCGAGUUCAUGCCAUUGAUGUCAUCUUAACGAGACGCAUUUUUACUUCACUGCAAAAGCAAGAAGCUAGCUAGCGAACUAACAAGCUACGUUGUUUUGAAGAAUGGCUUCUUCAAAAAAGGGGAAGAAAGUGGUAAAUCAGGAGGAACUGCGACGUCUGAUGAGGGUAAAACAGAGGCAAACAACCGACAAGAAGCGCAUCGAGUCUCCUUUUGCUAAAUACAACAGUCUCGGGCACCUCAGUUGUUUACUGUGCAAUGUGCAGGUAAAGUCCGAGCUACUGUGGCCUGCACAUGUUCUUGGAAAACCUCACAAAGAGAAAGUUGCCGAUCUUAAGUCAGGGAAAAGUCAACCAGCGACACCACAGAUACAACCGGUGAAGAGAAAAGCACCGGACAACGAUGACGACAGCGGGAAAAAAGCGAAACCCUCGUCCUCUGGGCUGCCUGAUGAUGUCUUCAAGAAACCCAACGCACCUGUUUCUACGCAAAAAUCUGCAGGUCUGAGUCUGUUGGCUGGAGUUUAUGAUGAAGAUGAUGAGGAGGAAGAAAAUGCUGGAGAGGCAGGAACUUCAACCCCCGCUCCCCAAAAGGCCGAACCUGCAGGACUACCCGAUGAUUUCUUUGACAGCUCCAUCCCAUCCACACCUGCCGUAUCCCACUCAGGAUCCAUCCUCAAAGCAGACGGACAGGAGAAAAGUGCAGAAAAGAAGGACAAUUCAGCCGAAGCACUGCCAGAGGGCUUCUUCGAUGAUCCUGUGAGAGACGCUAAAGUGCGCAAUGUUGACGCACCUAAAGAUCAAAUGGACAAGGAGUGGGACGAGUUUCAAAAGGAGAUCCGACAGGUGAACACAAAAUCUGAAGCCAUUGUGGCGGAGGACGACGAGGAGGGUCGCCUGGAAAGGCAGAUUGAUGAAAUUGAUGAACAGAUUGAGUGUUACAGGAGGGUUGAAUUACUUAGAGAUAAGCGAGAUGUGGUGAAGAGUAAGUAUCUGCCCGUGAAGGAUGAAAGUAUGGAGGUUGAUGGCAGCGACGAAGAAGAAGAGGAUGAAGAGGAGCUGCUGGGGCUUUUGUCCCGGGACUGGAGGGCUAAAGGUGCACUGGCCUAAGUGUCUAAUGAUAAUAACAGUGAGAAAAAAAAGCCAUGUGUGUGUCUGUUCAAGUCUGUCAGUAAUCCAACAAGUGUAAAUAUGUUUGACAAGAGUGUCGCAUCCUUUUUGUAUAUUUCAAACGAAAUAAAUGUGACGCAGUGAUGUGAAACGUUUGUGUAAAACAUUGUUUUGUAUUAAAGUUCUGUCAGUUCAUCACUAAAAGGAACCAAAUGGAAAUCAAACCUUUAA